AUGAAAGGCCCUAGACCCAUUAUCAAGAUUGAGGGCGAUUGCUCCACUAUCCACGACGAUACCCUCUACGUCUAUUCACCAGAUGGCUUUGCAUCAAUACCUCUCAAAGAGAAUGCAAAAUGGGAACCGCACCCCUCCCCAGAUCACAUAGUUACCAACCCUGCCUGUGUCCAGGGAAGCGGGGGAGACUUUUAUCUGGUUGGCGGGACCGGCUCCCCCGAUAACAGCGGCCUCCAGCGCUUCUCGUUCAGUACAAAUAAGUGGGAGACACUAACCGGCGCAUCAUCGGAGAUGAAAAACCGAACUGGACAUGGCGCCGGGUACAUUCCCUCAACUUCGCAGAUAUUGGUUUACGCAGGAAACACAGAUGGGAGCACACGGAUAUCACAAUCGACACUCAUCAUUUCAACAAAAGGCGGAUCCUUUGACGUAUCAUCGGGUGUCGACCAGGGCGCGCCGGCAUUGUAUGAGCCGAUAAUUUUGCCUUGGAGUGCUUCCGAGGUCGCCAUGAUUGGUGGCUCUCCCACCAAUACCGAUAUCUUUAUCUAUGACUCUAACAAAGGCUUCGGGAAAUCAGAGGCAACUCUUCCUUCUGCAAUCCAAGCUUCAUCUCGAUGCGCCCUCGCCUCCGAAUCUGGUGGUAAAACCAAGGUCCUCGAGGAGUUUACAAUGAUCGCUUCCCCAAACACGGUUACUGGCUACCUUCUCAGCUCAAAAGGAAAGAUCCAGAACCCGGCUACCGUCAUCGCACCCUCGGAAAAAAGAGAUAUCACCGAUUCUUACAACGGCACAUUCGCCCCGACGGCAUCCUGGUCUGAUUAUACGCUCGCCCAGGGCGGUGGCUUGGUCGUUCUUGCCAGCGGCCAGAGUAGUGACUCAUUGGCGAUCUUCAAUCAGACUUCCAACGCAUGGGUCAACUCCACAGAGCUGUUCUAUGGAAAACCAGAUCAGAACGUUCUCAAAGCAACCAGCACAUCAUUCACAUCAUCUACUCCGACACCAACCUCAACCUCAUCCACAUCCACAUCAACCACGGCCUCAGCCACACCCACUUCUUCGUCACCAGUUGUUGCUGCUGUGAGUAGUGGCCUGAGUGAUCAUGGCAAAAUGAUUCUUGGCGCAACUCUAGGGAGUGUCCUGGGAUUUGGCUUGAUCCUACUCAUCCUUCUUUUCCUUCUGCGACGCGAGAAGAAGAAGAAACAGGCAACCCAACCCGGCGGUGGUGGCGAUAACAAAGACCGCCUAAGCUUCCAGGAUCAGGGCAUAGAACCCCUGACCGAAGGCGCUUACCCAAUGGCAAGAUCUCCUGUCCCCCUCGCGGCUACUUCGGUCGACUCGUUGGCUAUCAUGUCCGGCAGAUACAAGGGAGAGAAAUCACUCAAGCCGCCUAGUAGCACAGGUUACGGAUUGUCUCCUCAACCCAAGGCCAGCAGUCCGCUGUCCACAAUUCCCUCUAGUGGUGUCAUGGGUGCAUCAAGUGUAUACACGGAAGACACUAAUCGGGCUGGCGAUGACACCGGGCGUGAAAACCAGGCCGCUGACCGAAUGACUGAUGAGGGGUGGGGGAAGUACUUCGAGGACGGCGGUACCACUAACUUCCAAUCCGACCGCUCGACCAUCAGUUCUGCAUACACCAAGUCCGAUUACCGCGGAAGCGGCUGGCCAAUGAGUACGCUGACACCGUUGAAUUUCGGCUUCCUUGAACAGCCCAAGCCACUCGGUCGCGUUCCCAGCGGCAGCCCCACCACGGAACACGGCCCCCCUGACAUGGGUAGUCGAAGCCUGGUGAUCCCUGAGAGCCAAUCGGCACGAAUCUCCAGUGCGGAUUCAAUCAGUGUCGCCUCAGACGACGACCGCGAUGAUUCAAGGUGGCAAGGUGCGCACCAGAGCAGCUGGCUCGGACGUCCCUCAAGCAGCAAUUACACUACUAGCUUCUACCAAACCAGCACGCAAGAUAUGCCUUGGGAAUCAUCAAAUCCAAGCCUUGCGGACAAGCCCAAGCAUCCUAAUGCACGAAGGUCCAGCGUUAUCAUACCACAUGAUAUCGAUGAACUUCCGGUGCAAGGCCAGAAGAAUACUACGAAUUCAGAUAUGAGCUGGCUCAAUCUCAAGGCUGAUCGUUAA